GCAUUCGGUCGGGUUUCGCUUGCACGAAAUUAGGAAGAGUGCAAUCGUCGUUUUUCCAUCUGUUUCAGAAAAAAUUCUCUUUAUUUGAGAAUUUGUUCAUUCAAAGUUUAAAUUGUGUUAUCCUUUAGAGAUUUUUAAUUUAUUCCUAUUGAUGUUGGUAUAAUGCUGGAAUGAGUAAAAUUUCAUUAACUGAUGGAGUCUUAAGCAUUCGAUCAACGGUGAAAAUUUCUGAUGAAAUUGAGGUCACCAUCGAGUGCAUACAUCAGUAAACUAAACAGAAUUUUUUAGUACUGCCUUGAGCCAUGUUUUCCGUGUUCAAGAAACUAUCCACAAAAUCCGAUGGCCAAACGGGUGCUGUCGGUGGAACUAGUGGUCUGCCUGAAUCCGUUGGGCAGCAAAUGUCCGAUUCGCUACGUAAGAAAUUUUCCCGUGGAGUGCAAUAUAACAUGAAGGUUAUCAUUAAGGGUGACCGAAACGUGGGGAAAUCGUGUUUGCUAGAGCGUUUACAGGGCAAGGCAUUCCUCGAGCAGUAUAAUCCGACUGAGCAGAUUCAGGUGGCUUCGAUUCAAUGGUCAUUCAAGGCCACUGAUGAUAUUGUGAAAGUUGAGGUUUGGGACGUCGUUGAUCGUGGAAAGGCAAAGCAGAAAACUGGUGUUCUCAAGUUAAAUACCGAUAUUCAUGUGGAUGAAGUCCCGGUGCUUGACGCAGAAUUUCUCGAUGUUUACAAAGGAACCCACUGCGUUAUAAUGAUGAUGGAUAUCACCAAAGCAUGGACGUUCGAUUAUGUCUGCAGAGAAUUGCCAAAGGUCCCUGAAGAUAUUCCGGUGCUGUUGCUGGGAAACCAUUGCGAUAUGGGUCACCAUCGUGUCGUCAGUAAGGAUCAAAUCCAGGGUUUCAUUGAGGAAAUCAGUCAACGACGGUCGGCGGAAAUUGUAUACGGUGACAGUUCUAUGAGGAAUGGGUUUGGGCUCCGAUUAUUACACAAGUUUUUUGGCAUACCGUUCUUGUAUCUUCAGCGUAGUACGCUUGAAGCGUCAAUCAAAAAAAAUGAACAGGACACUGAUAUUUGUCGGCUUGAGAUCAGUGAAUUUCUAAACUCGAACGAUGCGGAAUAUAGCAAUUUUCUGGAAAACCUCAUUAACCGUAAAAAAGCAAGCGAACUGUCGUCAGUCUACUCGCAAUCAACCUCACUUCCAUCAACGCCACUUGAGGUGAUUCCACGACCAUCGAAAAGCAUAAUUCUUGGCGGUGGGCAUCCGAUCAUUGUGCCGGAUAAGAACAGUCACCUGGCCGUAGCAUCCACUUCCACUGUAAAUACUGCCAAAUUGCCCUCCCCAGCGGCAAAGAUGUCUACGAAUAUUCCAACAGGUGUAAAAGCCUUACGAAUUCCCAAGAGUGCCACAAUGGGAUCAAUGCCCACUGGAAGCACCGGAGGAAGCGGUUUCGUGGUGCCAGGUGCCUCUGCAACUAGUGUUGAAUGUGGUUCUCCUUGUGCGAAAAUUAGUAAUGUGGAUGAGUUCUGCCCGGAUGGCGGAGUGCUGGAUAAAUCAUUUCUUGAGGACGCCAUUGAUGCGGGCACUGGAACGACGGAAGUAGAAACCAAUAUAGAAUCCGAAAGUGACGAUGAAGGUCAUCACAAUCCAUUGGUUUCGCGAUUCGAUGACGAAUUUAUUAACGGUAGUGGUGUUGAUCAAUCGGAGUUCAACCAACUACGGACGUGUUCCGGUAAUCGCGAUGAGCUGAUUGGAGUGAAAAAAUCAAACCCAUUGCGACAUAGUUUAAUACCAUCGCUUAACCAAGCCGAAGUGAAAGAUCGGGCUUACACAUUGUCCAGCUUAGAACAGGAGAUUGACCGAGUAAAUGCCGAAACAAACAUACUGGAAGCUGCUGAUGUAGACGCUGUAAUGCUUCUGGAUAGUGAAAAUUGGACACUGGAUACUAAGGAACGGCGAUCACCGGAGGGUGGGGAGGAUGUUGACUCCAAUGUUUCAGUGACUUGUCCGAAGAGUAGUAGCAGUUCGAAAAAGAUUAAAGAUAAAGACAAAGAUCGCAGUAGUAAGCACAAAAAAUCCAAAAAGUCUAGCCGAGAGAAGGACGAAUCUCGAGAGGAACGGCGGCGGAGUAAACGGCGUAGUCACGUGGAUGAGUUUGUCCAGGAAAUGAAAUCCAGUGCAGAAUAUUGCGAAGAAGCUUAUGAAGCAAUUUGAGAUUAUAAUAGAUUUGUGACAUAAUUCAGGAAUUUGCUGUAGUUAAUAUUCAUUGUUUAUUCCUAGAUUAUGCCUUCAAGCUCGUCACUACGGAUGGAAUAGUGUUUUAGGGCUAGCUGUUUUUAGUUGUUUAUGUCAAAAUAUUGCAAUGUUUUAUCAUUUAUGCCAUGUUUGGCCGAAAGGUUUAAGUAAGAAAAUGAUAAUACUGUUAAUCCAGUUGGUGUAAACUAUUCUUUAGAUGUACUUGAAACCUAAAUCGAAAUCAAAUACAAAUUUUACCAGAUGCUAUUCCA